GGAACACUGGCCCCUCCUAUGGAUACGGCCAUCCAUUACCGAGGUCUAUACCAGCCAGGGUACCGGUACAUAAACCCUGGUUCAGUUCAUCAGCUGCAGCGACUCGAUCUGACUGUGUCCGGCCUCGCUACCUGUGACCUUACUUUAUUCUGCACUGCUUCCCUUCGUCUGUCGGCAUUUCAACUAACAACAGAUACCCAACAUGGCUUACCUGCAAUCAUGGCUAGAUCUGGAGAAGAGUAUGGGUGGGCGAAUGGUUCUGAAAGGCAGUGCCGAAGAUAUCAGGGCGCAGAUUCAGCAGCUGAUCCAAAUUCUGCUGCCUCAGCUUCCACCACCUUCAGACGCCGUGGAAAGUAAGGAUGGCGAGGUGGACGGCAUAAAGUAUCGUCUUUACACGCCCAAAGAAGCUUCGAAGCAGGGACCGCUCCCGGUGGCCAUCUGGACACAUGGCGGUGGAUGGGCCACAGGCGAUCUGAACACGGACGAUCUCUUGUGUCGCAUUGUUGCCGAGCAUGCGCCAUCGAUCGUUGUCAACGUGGACUAUCGUCUUGCCCCUGAGCACAAAGUGCCCACACAGCUUGAGGAUACGUUGACGGUUUACAAUUGGGCCCGACAGAACGCAACAUCAUUCGGUGGCGACUUGAACAAGUUCUACAGCAUUGGUGGCUCUGCUGGCGGUGGCUUGGCCUUGCAACUAGCAAACCGCAUUGUUAGGGACCCUUCCAAACGGGACGGCAUCAAGGGAGUCGCAGCGAUUGUCCCCGUCACGCUUCACUUUGACUACGUACCUGAGGAGUAUAAGUCGAUGUUCACGGCUAUCCAAGAGAACGAGAAGGACGUACCGAUCAUCGACAAGGAGUCGAUGCGAAGCUUUUACACCUUCGCUGGCGUCGAUCCCCGAGAUAGUGACACCUUCACGGCUCUGGCUACAGACAACCACAAGAACUUCCCACCAGUGUACUUUGUCAGCUGUGAGAAAGAUCCACUCAGAGACGACGCGUAUGUGAUGGAGGCUGCGUUGAAAAAGGCCGGGGUACCUACAAAGCAUGAUACUUACAAGGGUCUUCCUCACUAUUUCUGGCUGUUCCCUUCCGUACCUGAGAGCCAGCAAUUUGUCGGGAAUCUGAUUGGGGGUGUCAAGUGGUUGAUCUCACAGAUGUAGUCUAUGAUACAGUAUUAGUACCUAGGUAGAAGAGCAGAAUGUAGUCGAGCGUCAUUAUGGGUAGAAAAUACUCAAGACUGGCACAGUCAUUUAGUGAAUGUCAAGAAUUGGCGCCUGGGUGCCAGUCUCCUCCAACA